AUAAAGACAAGAACUAGUCUGUGUAACCACAGAUUAUCAAACUAUGUGUGCAACUGCAACUAAUUAACCUCAAUCGUUUCAGAAUCAAACCACAAUCAAACAUAACCUUUCAACUUUAAAAAGCUCAAAUUUAAACAAAUAUGUUUAAAUAUUUGUCUUGAGGUGUUCCUGUUGCAUCCUAACUAAACGAGAACAAAUGCAAGUAUUAGAAUUGUAUAGUGGAAUUGGAGGAAUGCAUAUGGCUUUUAAAGAAAGUGGAAAGCCAGGAUGUAUUAAAGCGGCGGUAGAAAUCAACACGACAGCAAAUAGCAUUUAUAAAUAUAAUUUUCCCGAUACCAAACUGUUGAACUUAAAUAUUGAAGGUCUAACUGCUGAUACAAUCAAUCAGCUUGAAGUUGAUACGAUUCUCAUGUCGCCCCCUUGCCAGCCUUUUACCCGAAAUGGCAAACAACUAGAUAUGGAGGACGCUCGGUCUGACUCCUUCCAACACAUUCUGCAUUUGCUUCCAGACUUAGCAAUUAAAAACGUACUGAUAGAAAAUGUUAAAGGGUUUGAACAGUCUGAGAUGAGGAACUUACUAAUCAAAACUUUAACCGAAAACUCCUUUACAUAUCAAGAGUUUCUUCUCACGCCGUAUCAAUUCGGCAUCCCCAAUAGCAGACUACGAUAUUAUUGUUUAGCCAAAAAACGACCGGAGAAGUUCCAGUUUGAAACCCGAGAAUCUGUGAUGGAUAUUAUUCCAAGCCACACAAAUGAAUCUUCGUGCUUUCCAAUACAGGACAUUUUAGAGGAUGAUCUGGAAGACUGCAAUUUUAGACUUCAUGAUAGCACUCUAAAGAGACGACUUAAAGUAUUGGAUAUAUGUUAUAGAACCUCUAGAAAGUCGUGUUGCUUCACAAAAGCGUAUGGACGAUUUAUGCAAGGGACAGGAAGUGUUUUUACAGACCUUGACGAGGAGACUGUAUUCGAAACUUUAGCAAAUUUAGGUCGUAUGGACCCUGCUAGUAACGACUAUUUGGAUUUAGCCCAAUCAUUAAACCUACGGUUUUUCACUCCGCAUGAGAUUGCCAAAUUAAUGGGCUUUCCUGAAACGUUUUCUUUUCCACAAGAUAUCAGUAACAGGCAAAAGUACAUGGUGUUGGGAAACAGUAUCAAUGUUAAAGUUGUUUCUAAAUUAAUAAGGCAACUGUAAGAAUUUUUACUACUUUUUGCUCUCAAUUUCCAUCUCUGAUUUGAAGACAAAAAAUUAAUUUUACAAAUAUGUCAUAUUUUUUCGAGAUUUUAUAAUAUUUGGUCCUAAAAUGUAUAUUUACAAGUGGCUUAAAGUGAUUUUUUGCGAGCAGAUCCAUAUCUCUGAAGAAAUGUGAAUUUUGUCAAAUGCUGCGUUUUAAAAAAACUUUCAUUGUCACUAAUUCCUCCUCUGUAAUUUCCAUGUCUCGCCGUUCUUGCGUCUUUUCAACUUCCAAUUUAUAUUUUUGUGUAAUGCUCUUGAUUAUUUAGGACAGUCUCUUAAUAUAUCUCAUUUUUACAAUAAAACAGAAUAAUAGCAUGAAAAAUAACUCAAUUCAUUUCAUUAUUGACUACAUAGUUAUAUAUUACUUAAUAUACUUAGUAGAUGAAAAGUAUCAAUUUCCUAGUGCAAUAGAUUACAUGAGGAAUCUAAAGACAUUCAUCAAGGUAUCUUACAGAGACGUUUUUUAAUAGAUUAAAUAAUAUUAAAAGCGGAAUUGUAUGAGAACAUUAAAAGGGAUCACGUUGGUCAAUGUUAA